CGGCGCCUCCGCCAACCGGGAAAGCCGCUCGCCAGUGCCGAAGCCAGCAGCCGCCGAGGACACCUGCUCGAAGCUGGAGCGAGCGCCCAGACGCGACCCGUGACAUGAGGCUGUGACCGCCGCCGCCCUCCACGCCACUCUGGGCAGUGCAGUGCCAGGCCGGAGAGCGUCGGAGGACUUGACCCCGAGAAGUCUUGGUUGAUCUGUAUCGGACUCGACCCUACCGAAGACCACAGACCAGGGGGGCUGAGAGCCACAGCAGCGGGGACCGAGAGGCCCUAAGGGCCCAGGGGCCCCAAGGAGGACGAGGCGGCCCGAGCCGCCGGGGCGCGCGGCUAUGAUGGUGCACUGUGCCGGCUGUGAGCGGCCCAUCCUCGACCGCUUUCUGCUGAACGUGCUGGACCGCGCGUGGCAUAUCAAAUGUGUUCAAUGCUGCGAGUGCAAAACCAACCUCUCGGAGAAGUGUUUCUCCCGGGAGGGCAAGCUGUACUGUAAAAACGACUUCUUCAGGCGCUUUGGCACAAAGUGCGCCGGCUGUGCGCAAGGUAUCUCUCCCAGCGACCUGGUGCGCAAGGCCCGGAGCAAAGUCUUCCACCUCAACUGCUUCACCUGCAUGGUGUGCAACAAGCAGCUGUCCACCGGAGAAGAACUCUACGUGAUCGACGAGAACAAGUUUGUGUGCAAGGACGACUACUUAAGCUCCUCUAGUCUCAAAGAGGGAAGCCUCAACUCAGUGUCAUCCUGUACGGACCGCAGUUUGUCUCCGGACCUCCAAGAUCCGUUACAGGACGACCCCAAAGAGACCGACAACUCGACCUCAUCGGACAAGGAGACCGCUAACAACGAGAAUGAGGAACAGAACUCCGGCACCAAACGGCGCGGCCCGCGCACUACCAUCAAGGCCAAGCAGCUGGAGACGCUCAAGGCAGCCUUCGCAGCCACGCCCAAGCCCACGCGCCACAUCCGCGAACAGCUGGCACAAGAGACCGGCCUCAACAUGAGGGUCAUUCAGGUGUGGUUUCAGAACCGAAGGUCCAAAGAACGCCGCAUGAAACAGCUGAGCGCUCUGGGCGCCCGGAGACACGCCUUCUUCCGGAGUCCGCGGCGCAUGCGUCCCCUGGGCGGCCGCUUGGACGAGUCUGAGAUGUUGGGGUCUACCCCAUAUACUUAUUAUGGAGACUACCAAAGCGACUACUACGCUCCGGGAGGCAACUACGAUUUCUUCGCGCACGGCCCGCCGUCGCAGGCACAGUCUCCGGCCGACUCAAGCUUCUUGGCAGCAUCGGGACCUGGCUCGACGCCGCUUGGCGCGCUGGAACCACCGCUGGCUGGGCCUCACGGCGCGGACAACCCUAGGUUCACCGACAUGAUCUCGCACCCGGACACGCCCAGUCCGGAGCCAGGCUUGCCCGGAGCGCUGCACCCCAUGCCGGGAGAGGUGUUCAGCGGCGGGCCCAGCCCGCCCUUCCCCAUGAGCGGCACCAGCGGCUACAGCGGACCCCUGUCGCACCCCAAUCCUGAGCUCAACGAAGCGGCCGUAUGGUAAGGCCGAGGGGCCGAGUUGACCCCUGCCACCAAGCCCCGGACGCCGCCUGGGUAAGCCACAAGAGUCUUCUCUUGAGUUUGCACCCACCAGGCAACUCGCAUCACCACCCCUCAGAGCUUCGGCACGCGCCUGCACAGUUUCUCGGGACCAAAGUCAAUAUUCUGGAGGGUCGAGAUUCCAAGCACACCCUAGAAGCCCUCCGGACCCCCACCCAACCAUCACCUCUUUGAAUUAAGAGGGGGAGGGGAUGAGACAAGGAACGGAGAUCGUGGUACUACCCCUCCCUGCGAGCCGAGGCAUUGUGGAAUCCUAUUUCUCGCUUUCUCUUUUUAAAAAGGAAGGAA